AUGUCAGUAGCUGGUCGAAUAUUUGGAAGUCCUCCAGAACCAGUAUUUAACUUGGAAGGUGCUUGUAUGCCAGCAGAGCUUCUUGAAGACCAGCUAUUUAUCUUGGCUUCCCAAAAUGAAGAAUACGCUCAGUGCAACACUAUCUAUGAUCAAGGAUACUUUUGCUCAGGAAUACUUGCACAGUAUAUUUUUUUGGUUUGUGAAAAGUUCAGAUUACCAUCUGAGAGUCAAUUUCUGGCAGUAGAUAUCUUUGAUAAAUUUAUGUCAAGACAUUUACAUGGCUUAUACAAGUAUAUCAGAACUAGUAAUAAGUAUGCUGACAAGAAAGAAGAGUGGAAAGCAUUGGAGAAUAAGCUUAGUCGUUUGAUGUGUCUACGUAUGGUGUCUUCAGUGCAAAUAGCAAGUAAACUAAUCUCUCAUGCCAAAGUUGUGACGAUAAGGAAAUGCAAUAAUUUUCUUUCUCAAUCGGGACGUAAUUACACAAACGAAAGUAUCAUGCUCUCUGAACUUAGUAUUUUGAAAGCUCUUGAUUUUAAAGUGUCAUCAACCUCUGCAUUAACGUACAUUGAGGCAUUGCUUGAAAUUCUUGGCCAUAACGACACAAUGACCAAUGUAAAAGUGCUGCAUGAUACAUGCUUACAUAUCUUAGAAAUGACGUACAUCCAAAGACAAUCUGUAUAUGAGAAGCUGUGCUGUAUAGCGACUGGAAACGCUGAAGUCUGCCAUGAAGAAAGAGUGAAAUUCAGGACAGUUGAGCAAGACAUGAUGUUGUUGUCUGUGGCUAUCAUUGGGGCUGCAACAUAUGUAACAGAACAAAAAAUGCUUGAUAGAGUAUUAGACAAUCUCGGAAAAAUUACAAGAAUUCCAAUGGAAGAUAUUGUUGAUUUUUCUACUAUACUUGUUGAAGAAGCUCUGCAGAGCAACUGCAAUAUAUUGAACUUUUAA